GUAUGUCUCAUAAUGCUGAGUGCUGUCUAAAAGUGUCAAGUGCACCCAAGAUAUGUGACACAGUACCUAGCAUAGCCACAAUCUUCCAGCAAUACCCAUCGACACAAUGCACCCAAGCUUUGUCACACAGCAUCUAGUAAACCCACAGUAUGUGAACAGUAUGACAUACAGACUCCAGUGCAGCCACUGUAUGUUAUGGUGUGCAACCCAGCACAGCAACACAAUCUCCAGAGCCUAAUGAAAUUAUUUAGAUGAUAUAUGAGAGAUACACCCAUCCGCUGACACACACAGCCAUGGCACCCAAAAUGACACAUAACUCCAGUGAUUCAUACAGUGCCUCACAACCUGAUAUGCACCAAUACAAUGCCACAUAGCCCUCAGUACAGAUUACCACAAUUGUCCAGUUAUCUCACAGUGAAUCACAGAGCUUAUUUUGCAACCAUUGCAUCUCACACCUUUUUAACAUUUGUCUAUCUGCAUCCAAUCUUUCUGAGUUAGUCUCUUGGCUAGUUUCCUGCCCAUCUUCUAUAGUUUUGCCUUCUAUGAACUCUUUUUGCCCCCAAUAGUGUGUGUCACCUUCAUUUUUACAUCAUUUUUUUCUUCCACAUUCUACCAUUUCUUUUUAAAGGCACAUAAUCUUUCAUCUGUGGCUUUUGUUUCUCAUGUUCUUCCUUCAAUCACUUUUUUUUCUUUACAGUUACAUCCCCCUCUUCCUCCUAAUACAAACACUGAAUAGCUACCAAUGUCUUAGCUUGUUAUGACUUGUUGAUAAUGCUAUGGCCAGUUUCCUCUUCAUAUGUUAGAUAUUACUCUAGAAUUCUCACUGACCAUGUUCUGCACAUGCCCCUGGGUGAAGGGGACAUUUGCAUUAGACAAACACUGAACUUAAAUGUGGUUGAAAAAGUUGCUACAAAUAAAAACACUGCAUAUGGCACCCAUUUUAAUCUCUAUAAAAUUACAGACUGAAAUAACAGAAUUCCUAAAGAAUGAAUCCAUUUAAAGUAAGUGUAGGGCUCACUGGAUCAGCAUUCAUGGAUCGGUGGCACAGUGCUCUUCAAGAAAGUACCCCAGGUUGGUUGUGAUGUUUAUGGAAGACAUACACUUGACCCAAUAUAUUGGCACUCCUCAUUUUUAUUUAGCAGAUUUUAUUUAUGCCAGGCUACUAAAGGAAUUUAUUACUUUGACUGCCAAACCACAGGGCUGUGAAUUUUAGCAGAUGCUACUGCAACUUACUUGUUAUUCACCAUAUAUAUAUAUAUUGGAUAGAUAACCAAAUAACACAAUUCAGAUAGUGGGGAUAAUAAAUGGAACUUGGGUACACUGAUAUUUGUGUCCUGCCCUUACAUAAUUGACAUGAAUUUUCCUUUGAAAGUGCUGUCUCUGUUGUUGGUUCAACAUUAAUUAAUACAGUUAUAAAUCUGGGCAAACCCCAAAUACAUAGUACAGGUACUUAUACACUGAGUAUAUAAUCAUAAACAGGAGAAAUGUGGAGUAAUUAAAAGCCAAAGUUGCAACUAGUGUUGCCUAAUGCUUUAACCCUUUCAAUGCCAGCUGAUUCUCAUACUUUAUUUGCCUUCAGUGCCAGCUGUUAUUUGAACAAUUUCUGGAUCUGGAGCAUCAACACUAAGAUGCCAAUUUGCUGACCUGAAUUUAUGCUGCAUGGAAGCAUCUGUAUCACCUAAAGGAGAGGUACUUUGGGAAAGGUAGUGUUACCUGCUAUUUGUGGUAACUGGUACUGGUCUGUUUUAUUUAGUAGCCUAGGUUUUGCUAUCAGUCAUAUACACCCACAUAUGUUACAUAGUAUUAUCUUCAUAAAAUCUACUCUUAUUGCUACCUGUUCUGCCUCACUUUCUAAGCAAACUAAUGGGAGAAUUAAAACUCUUAUUUUUGUUAUCUAGGCAUUGCUGUGUGUGUGGCACGAGAAAGGUUAGUACCUUCUGAUUUCAGAAGGCUUCACUUUGCUUUCUAAGCAAUGAAAGUGUGAUCUCUUUAACUUAUCAAGUAGUCUUGAGAAAGCAAUAACUUACAACCUCAGGAAUGUCAGUUGACUCAAUCAGAAUGGCACCUUGAAGAUCGUUGGGAAGUUUAUUGCAAAACUGUGAGGAUCUUGACAACAUCCAGAUAGAUAAAAAAAGAUUAUAAAAUGAUCCACUCUAGCAAUAUACUGCACAUGCAGUUAAAAAUGGAGCCCAACAUAUACUACUGGACAAGUGGGGUAAACCAACAGACAGAGCUCAGAGGGGACAACAGAAGGGGAAAUGGGACAAAACAAGGGUGCAUGUGUAACAUGACACUACCACUAUAUGUUACUAUUUUUAUUUACAUUUGGUGUAUCCCUUGGAGGCCAUUAGGUGGAGGCUCUCCGCAACAAUAUACCAGGUUUCCUAUGCUCUACCACCAGUGCCAAGGAUGGUUCCCAGUUUGACUGAUUGCCAGCAGGCAAAUGAUCACUGUAUGCUGCAGUAUAAUCCUGCCAUAGAAGAAAUCACCAGCCAUUUCUAAUGCAACAUUUUUUAUAUAAAGCCAAAUGUAUCACUUAUAUCUUCCCCUAAUUUGUAGAAUAGGGUCUGUGCUAUCUGAUGAUAGUGCUGCCGCAUGCCACUCAGGCUGCCGCAUGCCACUCAGACUCAAGCUAGCUGGAUAGUGACAGUUUAUUUUAACUGACUUUGUGCCAGUUAGGAGCAGGGUGUCCAGGAGUUUUCCCUUGGAGAUUUUGUGACUAAAUUGUGGAUUAGAGAGUCAGAGCGACAUUUUUUUGCAGGAAUAAAGUUUUUUAUUACAGAAGAAGAGAAGAAGAAGAAGAAAAUCUGCAGAAAAGGAAUUCAAAUGGAUAAAAAAAAGAAGACGAGAAGCAGAAGCCCAGAGGAGACCCCAACUGACACAAGAGCACAGAAGAGGUAUCGAGUGGACGCCACAACUCCGCCGCCCUUCAAUAUCAACAACUAUCAGCUCAUAAAAAAGCUGGGGAAGGGCUCCUUUGGCAAGGUGAUGUUGGCUUCUUAUACCAUCAAGAGCCAGCUCGUCGCUGUGAAGAUAAUAAAGAAGAAAAAGAAGACAGACUACAAUGAUAUCGAGAUGGAGGCUACAAUACUGCGGUUAGGUCGCACAUGUCCAUUUCUUAGUCGGGCAUAUGCAAUCUUCCAAACUGAGUCACUCGUGUUGUUCAUCUUGGAGUAUGCCAGAGGUGGAACGCUGCACAAGCUUAUCAAACGUCACAGAUAUCUGAACAGCCAGGAAGCACAGUUUUAUUCGGCGGAACUUGUCCUGGGUUUGAGGUACCUGCAUAAGUAUGGGAUUAUUCAUCGCGACCUCGAGCCAAGAAACAUCUUACUGGAUGAAGAGGGACACGUGCAGAUCGCCGAUUUUGGCUUUGCCUGUGCUAGCAAGUUUUACGCAAAGGCUUGUUUUGGUACUGAAGGAGCAUCAGGCUAUAUGGCACCUGAGGAAAAAAACUUGGAUGGCAAUGUUAGAAAACCCAUUAUUAAGGAGUAG